AUGGCUUCCAACCGCACCCGCCGGAUCACCAAGGAAAUCGCCGAUAUCCAUGCCGACCGUCACUCGCAAAUCUCGGUAGACCCGGUCUCGGAAGAUGACCUCACACGCCUAAAGGGCACCUUUCCAGGGCCUCCCGGCACCGCCUACGAGGGAGGGACCUUCAAGAUCGAUAUCACAAUCCCAACCGAGUAUCCCUUCCGUCCGCCAGUCAUGAAGUUCGACACCAGAGUCUGGCACCCAAAUAUCAGCAGUCAGACCGGUGCCAUCUGUCUCGAUACGCUCUCGUCUGCCUGGUCGCCUGUUUUGACCAUCAAGUCAGCUCUUCUCUCCCUCCAGUCUCUCCUCAGCACGCCCGAGCCUCGAGACCCACAGGACGCAGAAGUUGCCCGGAUGCUUCUCUCGGAUCCAAAGGAGUUUGAACGAGUUGCUAGGGAAUGGGCAGUCAUGCAUGCUGGAGCCCCACGCAGACACACCGGUGAAGGCAGCGGUGGCGCCACCGAUGAGUCCAUUCGAAGAAAGGCUCUCAAGGCCAAGGAGGACGAGCAGAGAGAGAAGCUCGCAGCGUGGGGGAACAGCUACGAGGGUUACAACAAAAAUCUCAUCGACCGUUUCUGCAGCAUGGGCUUCGACGUUCCUCGUGUCGUCUCUGCUUUCAAGUACGUUGGCAUCGAUCCCAUGGACGGCGAUGACUACGAGCUUGAGGAGGCAUACAUGGGUGACAUCACUGCCCGUCUCCUCGGCGAGCCAUGA